AUGAGCCUGAUGCUGGAGACGCUGCUGGGCCCCCCAGGGGGGCUCCGCAAGGAGCCGGGCCGCGCUCCCCCGCGCUCCGCUGCCUCCAGCGGCUUCUACUCGUGGCCAGCCCCGGUGGUCGGACGGGCGCGGGGCGCGGGGGGCGGCGGCGGCAGCGCGGCCGCAUCCUCCACCGAGAGCCUGGACUCGCUGAACGGCGAACCGCGGGCGCGCAAUGAGAAGGAGCUGCUGCAGGUGCUGAACGACCGCUUCGCCGGCUACAUCGAGCGGGUGCGGGCGCUGGAGCAGCAGAACCGGGCGCUGGCGGCCGAGGCGGCGGCGCUGCGGCAGCAGCAGGCGGGGCGCUCGGCCAUGGGCGAGCUGUACGCGCGGGAGCUGCGGGACAUGCGGGGCACCGUGCUGCGCCUGGGCGCCGAGAAGGGGCAGCUGCGGCUGGAGCGGGCGCGCCUGGCCGAGGACGUGGCGGCCCUGCGGGGAAGGCUGGAGGACGAGGCUCGGCAGCGCUCGGAGCUGGAGGCUGCGGCCCGCGGGCUGGCGCAGCGCUCGGCGCAGGAGGAGCGGGCGCGGGCGCCGCUGGAGGAGCGAGCCCGGGCGCUGCGGGAGGAGGCGGAGCAGCUGCGGAGGCAGCACCGAGCCGAGGUGGGCGCGCUGCUGCGCGGGGCGCGCCCCGAGCUGCCCGUGGAGCCCCCCGCGUCCCUGCGCCCCGGCGUCACCGCCGCGCUCCGCGACCUGCGCGCACAGCUGGAGGGCACGGCGGCCCGCAGCACCCUGCAGGCCGAGGAGUGGUUCCGCGUGAGGCUGGACAAGCUCUCGGAGGUGGCCAAGGUGAACACGGACGCCAUGCGCUUGGCCCAGGAGGAGAUCUCCGAGUACCGCCGGCAGCUCCAGGCCAAGACCACCGAGCUGGAAGCCCUCAAAGGGACCCAGGAGUCGCUGGAGAGGCAGAGGCAGGACUCGGAGGAGCGCCAUCAUGCAGAUGUCCUGUCCUACCAGGAAACCAUCCAGCAGCUUGACAGCGAGUUGAGAAACACCAAGUGGGAGAUGGCAGCUCAGCUCCGGGAGUACCAGGAUCUGCUCAAUGUCAAAAUGGCCCUGGACAUCGAAAUUGCUGCCUACAGAAAGCUCCUGGAAGGGGAGGAAUAUCGGCUCGAGACUGGCAUUGGGAUGCUCUCCUACCCCGAGGUGGUCCCCAAGCCUCCCAGCAUUGCCACCAGCAUCAAGGUGAAGAGUGAGGAGAAGAUCAAGGUGGUGGAAAAAUCAGAGAAGGAGACAGUGAUUGUGGAGGAGCAGACAGAGGAAAUCCAGGUGACCGAGGAGGUCACAGAGGAGGAGGAGGCUGAGAAAGAAACUGAAGAGGAAAAAGCUGAAGAGAAGGAGGAAGAGGGGGAGGAAGAAGAAGAGGAGAAAGCUGAAGAAGAGGGUGAAGAAAAGGCCAAGUCUCCUGCAAAGGAGGAGGCCAAGUCCCCAGAGAAACCUGAGUCACCCUCAAAGGAAGAGGCCAAGACCCCAGAGAAACCAGAGUCCCCCUCCAAAGAGGAGGCCAAGACCCCAGCAGUCAAGUCCCCUGAAAAGCCACCAAGCCCCUCAAAGGAGGGAGCCAAGACCCCAGUUGUGAAAUCUCCAGAAAAACCUGCAACGCCCUCAAAGGAGGAGGCCAAGACUCCAGCUGUCAAAUCCCCUGAAAAGCCACCAACACCCUCCAAAGAGGAGGCCAAGACCCCAACAGAACCCACACCCCCUCCAAAAGAGGAGGCCAAGACCCCAACAGUGAAAUCCCCAGAGAAACCCACACCCCCUCCAAAAGAGGAGGCCAAGACCCCGACUGUCAAGUCCCCAGAGAAACCCCCAGCCCCCUCUAAGGAGGCCAAGAGCCCAGCUGUGAAGUCCCCAGAGCCACCUGCAACUCCCUCAAAAGAGGAAGCCAAACCCCCAUCUGUCAAAUCCCCAGAGAAGCCCCCAACCCCCUCAAAGGAGGAGGCCAAGCCCCCAGCUGUGAAGUCCCCAGAGAAAGUCAAAUCUCCCGUGAAGGAGGAGGCCAAGUCUCCACAGAAGGAAGUGGCCCCAGCCAAGGAGCCAAAGGCCAAGGAGGAGCAGCCCAAGGAGGUGAAGGCUCCCUCCAAGCCUGAGGAGGGUAAGAAGGAGGAAGCUCCCAAGAAGGACGUCCCAGCCAAGACAGAGGAGAAACCCAAAGAGAAGGCAGCUGCUGUGCCAGAGCCUCCAGCUCCCGAGGCCAAAGAGACCAAGCCAAGCCCCAAACCUGCCCAAGAGGGAAAAGCUGAGGAGGCUCCAGCAAAACCUCAGGAGGUCAGCAAAGCAGCCACCAAAGAGGCUGAGAAGCCAAAGGCUGAGGAGAAGGUGGAGGAGCCCAAGAAGGAGAAGGCGGAAGAGCCCAAGAAAGAAAAGGCAGAAGAGCCCAAGAAGGAGAAGGCAGAGGAGCCCAAGAAAGUGGAGGAACCCAAAGCUAAAGCAAAACCCAAAGAUGAGCCCAAAGCCAGUAAGGAACCCCCCAAAGUCGAGGCUCCCUCCAGCAAGGAGGGCACAGCCCCGGAGCCAGGGAAGAAGUGA